AUGGGGGACCCGCCGCCGCCCAACCCUGAGGCCCCUUCCCAGCAGUCCUCGAGCCGGAGGGGCUCCCAGGCCCAGGCGCAGCGGCGCAGCUGGGACCCCUCACAGGCCCAGGCGUUCCCCGAGGAGGUGCAGCAGGCCCUGCUGAACCAGCAAAGGGGCAGUCGGGGCAGCCGGCCCAGUCAGGAGUUGCGGGCGAGCCAGACCAACCUCCGCUGGUCACAGGGGGGCAACUUGCCCGAAGAUGAGAACUUGCCGCUGUACCAAGCGGAGGAAGGCAUAAUGGGCGGCGUGGAGUACCAGCCCUCGAGCGCAGGCUUUCCCUUGCAGUUCCAGACCCGGACUUACCUGGAUGAAAGCGGAAUCCCAGUGGAGGAACAAACCACCGACCUAAUGCAGCAGUUGCAGCACCUGCAGCAGCUGCAGCAGAGCCAAGGCGGCUUCUUCCAACAACUGGAAUCCCCUGUCUACCAGGACCCUGGGGCCAAUGUCUUGGGCCAGUACAGCAUGUACCAGACAGAUGACCCGCAGUUCAUGCAAAACACAGAACAUGGGCCCUACCUAAGGGAUGACCCUGCCCUGCGUUUCUCACCCUCGGAGAUGGGCUUCAUGAAUUUCGGUAUGGAGAUGCCUGAGCCGCAGCCUCGGGAGCUGGCUGUGCAGAAUGCCAAGGCCUACUUGCUGCAGACCAGCAUCAGUUGCGACCUCAGCCUGUAUGAACACCUGGUGAACCUGCUGACCAAGAUCCUGAACCAGCGGCCCGAGGACCCCCUGUCGAUCCUGGAGUCUCUGAACCGCACCACGCAGUGGGAGUGGUUCCACCCCAAGAUGGACACGCUGCGGAAUGACCCCGAGAUGCAGCCCACCUACGAGAUGGCAGAGAAGCAGAAGGCGCUGUUCAGUCGGGGCGGCGGUGGCGGCGGCGGCGGCGGCGAGGGCGAGCAGGAGAUGGAGGAGGAGGUGGUCGAGACCGCGGUGCCCAACAUCAUGGAGGCCGCCUUCUACUUCGAACAGGCCGGGGUGGGCCUGAGCUCGGUGGAGAGUUUCCGCAUUUUCCUGGCCCUGAAGCAGCUGGUGGAGCAGCAGCCCAUUCACACGUGCCGCUUCUGGGGCAAGAUCCUGGGGCUCCAGCGCAGCUACCUGGUGGCCGAGGUGGAGUUCCGGGAGGGCGAGGAGGAGGCCGAGGAGGAGGAGGUGGAGGAGCUGAUGGAGGGCGGCGAGGUCGUGGAGGCGCACGGCGAGGAGGAGGGAGAGGAGGACGAGGAGAAGGCGGUGGACGUUAUCCCCAAGCCCACGUGGAAGCCGCCGCCGGCCAUCCCCAAGGAGGACAGCCGCACCGGCGCCAACAAGUACCUGUAUUUCGUGUGCAACGAGCCGGGCCGGCCUUGGACGCGGCUGCCGCACGUCACGCCCGCGCAGAUCGUGCACGCCCGCAAGAUCAAGAAGUUCUUCACCGGCCACCUGGACGCGCCGGUCAUCAGCUACCCGCCCUUCCCCGGCAACGAGGCCAAUUACCUGCGCGCCCAGAUCGCGCGCAUCUCGGCCGCCACGCACAUCAGCCCGCUAGGCUUCUACCAGUUUGGCGAGGAGGAGGGCGACGAGGAGGAGGAGGGCGGCGCGGGCCGAGACUCCUUUGAGGAGAACCCCGACUUUGAGGGCAUCCCAGUGCUCGAGAUGGUCGACUCCUUGGCCAACUGGGUGCACCACAUGCAGCACAUCCUGCCGCAGGGUCGCUGCACUUGGGUGAACCCUUUGCAGAAGACAGAGGAGGAGGAAGAGCUGGGUGAGGAGGAAGAGAAGGCGGAUGAGGGAAUAGAGGAGGUGGAGCAGGAGGUCGGGCCCCCACUGUUGACGCCGCUCUCCGAGGAUGCAGAAAUCAUGCACCUGUCACCCUGGACCACCCGCCUGUCCUGCACCCUCUGUCCGCAGUACUCGGUGGCCGUGGUGCGCUCCAACCUCUGGCCAGGGGCCUACACCUACGCGAGUGGCAAGAAGUUUGAGAACCUCUACAUUGGCUGGGGCCACAAGUACAGCCCCGACAACUUCAACCCGGCCCUGCCAGCCCCCAUUCAGCAGGAGUACCCCAGCGGCCCAGAGAUCACCGAGAUGAACGACCCCACGGUGGAGGAGGAGCAGGCCCUCAAGGCUGCCCAGGAGCAGGCCCUGGCGGCCGCAGAGGAGGAGGAGGAAGAUGAGGAGGAGGACGAGGAUGAGGACCUGGAAGACUGAGUCUCUUUCCCCAAGCAGGUAGACAGCAGCUUUCCCUUAUGUAUAGUUAGUUUUGAGCUGUGUUCUCACUACUGAUUUGCUUCCCGCCCCUGGAGGGCAGAAAGGAAGCUUCUCAAAAUAAACUGGGUCCCGCCCCCCCAGCAGGGCCAAGUCAUUCAUUCAUCUGUUCACCACAUCUGUUGACCUGGAUGCCAAGCCAGGGCUGUGGGGCUCUUCUGGGGACACAAACAUUGCCUGGUAGUCAUUAAACAGGACUCCUGUCAGCCCAGUCCUGUGCCCAGGACACAGAGGUGACCAAGUAGCUCCAGCCUUGCCUUCCUGGGCUCAAACACUACACAAAAGACAGACAAUGGCAACUCAGAUUAUGGGGCUCAGAGGACUGACAGAGCUCCUGAGCAACUCUGAUAGGGUCAAGAAAAGAAUGGGGAAGGGCAUUCCCAGCAUAGGGAAUGGCAUGUGCAAAGCCCCAAGAGCAGGAGAGUAUGAUGUGAUGUACUGAGGUACUUUCUCAAACAUGUUUACAUGGGACUUAGAGUGAAGAGUGAAGGGGUAGUGGUGAGAGAUAAGGUUAGAAAGAGAAAUUGGCAGGGUCCAGAUCACACAGGGCUUAACUUUACCCUGAGAGCACUAGGGAUGGCAGGCGGUCACCAGCAAUAGAAGGUCCUGAACAUAUUUGUGUUUUAGAAAGAUCCUUCUAAAUGCCAGCCUAGGCCCUGCCAGCCCCUAUUGGGAGGGUAGGUAGGGGUGACACAGCAGGCUUGGAAACCAGAAACAAGAUUGAUGCAGGUGAUGGGGGGUCUCAGGAAGCCGAAGACGAGUUUGGACAGGGCUGUAGAGAGGAAAGAACGAGGAAAGAGGAAUUCAGGCAGUGGAAAGCAAAAGACUUGGGAACUGGAAGAGAAAGGGAGUGAAGAGAAAUGGUACAAAUCUAGGAAGACACCUGGUCUGUGGCCCAGGUGACCCUAAGACCGGGACACAGAGAGGCGCAGGAUUUGGAGUAAGAUGCCAAGUUCACCAUAUGACUUGUUGAGUGUGAAAUACCUCUGGGGCAUUCUGAAAAAGAAAUCUGGGAAGUCACUGAGUACAUGGGUUUAGGGCACGGGUGUCUUCAGCAGAAGUGAGGGGAGACUUUGGGUUACUGGAUCGAUCAUUGGGACACUGGUGACAAUGCAGGAACCAAUAAAAUUUUAGAAGCA